AUGUCCAUGUCCUCCUCCAAAGCAAAGUCCAGCUCUUCCCAGUAUGCGCCCCUUCCGCUACACGACGAUGGCGAGGGCUCCAGCGCAACUCUUGAGAAGCGCUCCUCCUCCGAGGAUGAUCACUCUGCUCCCUUGCUGGAAGCCGAAGACAACCUCCCCGCCCUCGCGCCAUCCAAGCCCUCCCAGCUGCCCAAGCUCGUGCUUUACUUCUCUUUCGCCCUAGCGCUGCUAUCAGCUGUGAACAUCGCUCUCCUUCCUCCUACACUAUCAAAGUACCGAGCCUACCCCUUCUCUGACUCUGAACUCGAGGCCCUCCCCUAUGGCGACGCUAGGCUGGGAUUGGACAAGGCAGCGAGUUUCAUCCCCCCACCUCAGGUCUACCAUCGCUCUUGGCCGGAUAGAAUUGCACGAGUGAGCCGGAAGCUGAAAAAUGCCGUGUGGGGUCAGGGCGUGCAGGUCUAUGUAACUGUCGAGGACUCGACAAUUAUGCGCUUCCCCAUCCCCUCCACCGACGCCAACGCCUGCGGGCUCUCCUGGCAGCCGCCUCCCGAGUUCUCUGCGCAUGCCAAGGACCUCACAACCAAGGGGGAUGUUACGGAAAUCGAAGUCUGGCAGCUUAUCGCACCCUCGGCCACCGACUCUUCCAGUAUGGACGGGCUCGACUAUGACACCUUAUCGUAUUCAACCCUUCCUGUGCGCGGAGAGCUGCUCGGCGUGCUAGACCUCACAGCUACGCCGAACAGCACAACACUGGAGUUCGCCUGUCCCAGCGAGGCGGAGAGUCUAGUGGUGGAGAUGAGGUGCCAGCGCGUGGCGUGUCAUGUGGACUUUAUGCAGAUUGAUAUAGUGCCGAGAUUUGGGUUUGAGUUGGUGAGAAGGAGGGAAUGA